CGGUUUGCAAAUUAUUUUUGCAAUAUGAUUGUGAUAAGCAAUUUGGUAUAAAUAUGCGAAUUGCAAGUGUUUUAAAAUUAGUUGAAUUCCAUAAGGCAACAUUCAAAUACAUAAUGCAAAAAGUAAUCACAAUUGUGGCUGUUCUACUGGCUGUGGCCAGCGCCGAACUGCAUCGCGUCCCUUUGCUCAAGGUGGAGAACUUUGUGAAGACGCGUGGCAACAUUAAGGCCGAGGUGGAACAUCUGCGGGCAAAGUAUGGACUGCCCCAGACCUCUUCUAGUAACCACGAACACCUUUCCAACUUCGUGAACAUGCAAUACUAUGGUGUCAUCUCCAUUGGCACACCAGCCAAGGACUUUAAGGUGCUCUUCGAUACCGGUUCGUCCAAUCUGUGGGUACCGUCGAAAAAAUGUUCGAGCUACGCAUGCAAAGUGCACAAUGAAUACGACUCAAGAGCGUCCUCCAGCUAUGUUGCGAAUGGCACGAGAUUUUCCAUUGAGUAUAUCAAAGGCAACUUGUCCGGAUUUUUGUCCACCGAUACCGUCAAUGUCAAUGGAUUGUCCAUCGCUAAUCAGACCUUUGCUGAGGCAACCAACGAACCCGGAACCCACUUCAAUCAUGCCAAGUUCGAUGGUAUUCUUGGCAUGGGAUAUCAGUCUAUUUCUAAUGACAAAGUUGUGCCUCCCUUCUACAAAAUGGUCUCGCAGGGACUUGUUAAAAAUCCAGUAUUCUCUUUCUAUUUGACUCGUAAUGGCACCUCCAGUAACGGAGGUGAAUUGAUCUUCGGUGGUUCUGAUCCGUCGCUGUACAAGGGAAAUCUCAUCUAUGUGCCCGUCUCUAAGCAGGGAUACUGGCAAUUCACCAUGGCUGGCGCCUCUGUCGAUGGUUAUUCGCUGUGCGAUGACUGCCAGGCUGUUGCUGAUACCGGCACCUCUCUGAUUGCUGCCCCUGCCAAUGCCUAUGAGCUGCUGAGCGAGAUCCUGAAUGUGGACGAAGAGGGUCUGGUCGAUUGCUCCACUGUCAGCUCGUUGCCUGUGAUCACCUUCAACAUUGGCACCGGUAAAUUCACCCUGACACCGACUGACUACAUUAUUAAGUUCGAAAAGUAUUGCAUGCCAGCUUUCCAGUAUAUGGGCACCGAUUUCUGGAUCCUAGGCGAUGUGUUCAGUGGAAAAUACUACACUGAGUUUGAUUUGGGAAAUAAUCGCGUUGGAUUCGCUCCAGUUGUUUAAGCAAUUAAACUAUCAGUGAUGACAAUUGAAAAUCAUAUCUAAUGCAUAAUAGGUAAUUUUAAGCUGUGUCCAAAAUUGUGUUCAAUAUG